AUGUUCUCACAUCAAGAGCGUGAUCGGGAGCGGAAGAUGGUUGAGGAGGAGCCGGCCGACGGAGCGGAAAUGAAAUCGAAGAGUCGCAGUCAACCCAGCGGACUGAACCGGGUCAAAAAUCUAUCGAGGAAGCUGUCGGCCAAAUCGAGGUAAGUCAGCAAAACGUAAAUUCGCGGCACCGAGGUAGGGCGAUCCAGAAAUUCAAUAAAAGCGGAGGAGGGCAGAAGGGGAAUGAGACGGAUCACUAGAGCGGCCAUCCGGCUAAACCCCAUGCCGAACGACACUCCGCGCACCGCACUGUCUUGACCUACAGACUGCCGCAUCUUCUUGGCAGUCCGUCAGUCCAUUCUCACUCUUUAUCUUUCUUUUCUUCUUGGCGUUGACACUCUUCUUCCUCUUCCGCUCGUUUCUUCACGUUUUGCACGCCGCAAAGCGCCUUAGCAGGGCCCUUACCAGGAUUUAUCCCAUAUUCGAUUGCUUCCAAACGCAAAUUACGCGAGACGCAGACUCCCGAGGCGCGUGCGCCCGCGUGAGUGGCCUCAGGGUCUCUCUUUUUUUUUCUUUUUUUCCCCCUCCGUCGAAAAUAACUCCCCAUUGCGCGUGUGUGUCUGUGUGGACGUGGACGCGCCAAAGCUUGAUGGAGUCACAUGUAUAUCAUUUGAAAAAACACACAAAUAGACUCGGAAUCUUUCUUCUUCUUCGUCUCCGUCUCCGGCACCAAGUAGUUAGUCCCUCUAUCCUCAGCGGUCUGGUAUAUUAUCCUUAUCAACUCAGUCAGAAGUGUGUCGUGAUUACUGUUGUUAUCGCCAUCAACUAAUCGAAGAGUGUGUAUCAACUUUCGCCGACAACACACUCUGCCACACAUUUCGGUGCCACCACCAACACUCUCUCCGCGCUGGUCUUCCACUCUUUUCCCCUCUGACCUUGUUGUUAUUCCCGACCCUACUAACUUUUUUUCUGCUGCUGGAAAUGCAUUGCUCGUGCUGGUUUGCAAAGAAAAAAGUGCAAAGGCGUCAUAACGUAUGCGAAGAACCACGAGUCGCGACAAAAAACCCGAUGACUGGCAGCCAGACACGGCUGAAUUCUGAAUUCAAUUCAAACUUUCUGACUCAUCCACAAAACAGCGGGAGCGUCGGUCAUUCUGAAUUUCAAAUGAAAGGCUAAGAACGUUCCGUUUCCCUAAUUGUCGCCGGGACAGCUGUUUUUAGGGGUGUCCUUCAAUCCCAUGUGACCAGCCUAUCAUGGCCAUUUCAUAGGCACCAAUCAUCAAUGCUUCCGGCCUUUUCCGAGAGAGGUUCAGUUGUUUUUACUGUCCCGGGCCGUUUUUGACGAUAAUCCAGUUUUGAAAUGACGUGUAUGGGCGGCAAUUUUAAAUUCGAUUAGAUGUGCAGCUGCACCAUGGCCUUUUAGCAGCUAAAAAAGUAAGUGUGGCUCAGAGUUUGGCGUCGGCAACAUUCACCACUUUCACUCAAUCCAAUUUGAUAAUCAAUUAAGCAAUUGAUCAAAACGUGUUCACUUAUCAAUUCAAAAUUUGGCCGAGCGAGUGAAGAUACGGAAUCAAUCGAUCUUAUGAUGGUCAAACAACGUCAACCUCUCCCCCCCCAAUACCCGCCACUUUUUACACGGGAUCUUCACCCCCGUCGCCGCCGCCGCCGCCGCCAGCGCCCAUGUUGUGUCCACAUUGCACUUGCCUUUACAAAAUCGACGCGAUUUUCGGUUUUUCAUCUUAUCUUGAUCACUAUAAAUUCUUGUUUUCACUCGCGCCCUCGCCUUCUGACACGGUCUCUCUGCGCGCCUCACGUCUCGCACAACUGCAAACGGAGAAAAAUGUGGAAAAAUCGUUUAAUUAUAUUUUGUCGAUCUCAUCUCCUUUCCCGUUUGAGCUGGAUGUGAUAGGUUGUGCCAUUUUUUGUUGCAAUUUCGAUUUAAAGGGGGUACGGCACUGAAAAAAUGGUCGGGUUAAUAGAACCAUUCGAUGCGGCGUUCAGUUGCGUAUAUUUUUUAUGGCCUAAAAAGUGUGCUAACCCAUUUUUAGAUCAUUUGAGCCCCCAAAUGACCUAGUAAACAUUUUUGAACAAAAUUUGCACAUUUGAAUCACAGUCAUGGUACUAUUUUCUCGGCAGCGUUUUUUUCUAGUCCUUUGCCCCUUUUAAACUUUGCCUCCCCUCCGUAAGCGCUUUGCAACCGGGACGAUGUUUGCGCCACCACAGCCACCAGGACCGACCGAUCGACGGACGGGAGGCGACGGCAGGAGUGACGGGAGGGAGAAUGGAAGAAGAAAAGGAACGUGUGCCUCUCGGUCUCUUUUUCUGUGCCUCACUGAGCGCGUGGUCUUAUGUUGUGUCGAGCGGUUGGAAUGAGACGGAGUGAGAGCGUGAGUGUGUGUGUUGUGUGUGUUUGUGUGUGUGUGUGAGUGUCCGUGAGCGUCAGUGAGUGUGUGAGUGGGAGAGGUCGUCCCUGGUGUGGACCCUUUUCCGCAUUGCCCUAUCGGCUAAAUAGCACGGGACUUACGAGAGAACUCAGAACCUUUGUACUCUAACCCCAGAUUUGUUUUGCCGCUGCUCUCUCUCCUUUUUUGCAAUUUCAAGUUUUGCACAGAAGGUCCCUUCGACUUUCAAAAUUACUAGCUGCAGUCCUAGUCCUAGCACACAUAAAUCAUGAAGUCCCCUCCGCUCACGAGAUCCAUACCCCAAAAAAUGUUCUCUAUGCUUUGGGAGGGAGAAGGUUUUAUUCAUAUUCGGCUCCGGCUAGCGCCUUUAAACCUACUGCUCUUUGGCUCCGACCACGCCCUCCCAUCCCAUUCUCUCUGGUGAAUGAGCACUUAAGAGAACUACCAUUCCAUCAUCAUCAUCAUCAUUUCAUUCUGCGCCUUGUUCUAUUUCUAUUUCUAUCUCCUUCAUCUCUGCCGACACAAUGCUACGAGGAUUUAAUUUUAGAAAGGAACGCAAGGAUCGCGAUAGCACCGACAACAGCUCGAAAAUGUCGUCGCCAGGAGGUGAAGUACCAGCGAGAAAUGAGCCCAAGGCUCAAAUCAAGAUAGGACACUACAUUCUCAAGGAGACACUUGGUGUUGGCACUUUUGGAAAAGUGAAAGGUAGAGUUUUGUUCUGAAAAUUUUAGAAAUUUAAAAUCAAAAACAUAUCCAUCCUUAUUUUUGCAGUUGGCAUCCAUGAAGCGACCGGAUACAAAGUGGCUGUCAAAAUUCUGAAUCGUCAGAAGAUCAAGUCGCUUGACGUCGUCGGCAAGAUUCGUCGUGAAAUUCAAAACCUCUCGCUCUUCCGUCAUCCGCACAUCAUCCGCCUCUACCAAGUGAUCAGCACACCGUCCGACAUCUUCAUGAUAAUGGAGCACGUCUCGGGCGGAGAGCUCUUUGAUUAUAUUGUCAAGCACGGACGUCUGAAGACCGCCGAGGCGCGUCGCUUCUUCCAACAAAUUAUAUCCGGCGUGGAUUACUGUCACCGUCACAUGGUCGUUCACAGAGAUCUCAAACCGGAGAACUUGUUGCUCGAUCAGCAGAAUAAUGUGAAAAUAGCGGAUUUUGGACUGUCGAACAUCAUGACGGACGGCGAUUUUUUGCGUACCAGCUGCGGAUCGCCCAAUUAUGCUGCUCCUGAAGUGAUUAGCGGAAAGUGAGUGAAAAUUUAAUAGAAAACUUGCUUACCCCGCAGAUUUUGACUCUUUUAGGCCACUAUUUUGGUGAGUUUCAGAGUUAGUUAUGAACACAUGCGCCUCUAGUCCGCAAACACCAUCACGCCAAUUUUGCGGAAGGGCGUGAGGUCGUUUGCGUGUUUUGCAGCAAAAUUGAACUUCUUUGAAAGAUGUUGCAGCAAAAAUAAGCAAAUUUCAGAUUGUACGCGGGACCGGAAGUUGACGUGUGGUCUUGCGGAGUCAUUCUGUACGCCCUGCUCUGCGGAACGCUUCCAUUUGACGACGAACAUGUGCCGAGCCUUUUCCGAAAGAUCAAAUGUGCGGCUGAUAUUGUUGUACAUACAUAUUUGCAACUGCUAUUUUCAGCUGGCAUCUUUCCGACGCCCGAAUUCUUGGAGCGCUCAAUUGUCGGCCUCCUCCACCAUAUGCUCUGCGUCGACCCGAUGAAAAGAGCCACAAUCAAGGAUGUGAUGUGAGGAGAUUGGUUCUUUCGAGCAAAACAAUCUAUGUUGUUUUAGAGCUCACGAAUGGUUCCAGAAGGAUCUGCCCAACUACCUCUUCCCGCCAAUAAACGAGAGCGAGGCCUCGAUCGUUGAUAUUGAAGCCGUCCGUGAGGUGACCGAGCGUUACCACGUGGCUGAGGAGGAGGUGACUUCUGCUCUGUUGGGAGAUGACCCACACCACCACUUGUCCAUAGCCUACAAUUUGAUUGUGGACAACAAACGGAUAGCCGAUGAAACGGCGAAACUGUCCAUUGAGGAGUUUUAUCAAGUGACGCCCAACAAGGGACCAGGACCGGUCCACCGCCACCCCGAAAGGAUUGCUGGUAAGAAUUAGGCAAUAAGGUCUGGGUAAAACUGUUCUCAUUUUAGCCUCGGUGAGCAGCAAGAUCACUCCGACACUCGACAACACCGAGGCGAGCGGAUCAAGCCGUAACAAGCGCGCCAAGUGGCAUCUCGGAAUUCGCUCGCAAAGCCGUCCCGAGGAUAUCAUGUUCGAAGUGUUCCGUGCGAUGAAGCAACUCGACAUGGAGUGGAAGGUGCUCAACCCGUACCACGUGAUUGUCCGUCGCAAGCCAGACGCGCCGGCUUCGGACCCGCCGAAGAUGUCUCUCCAAUUGUACCAAGUGGAUCAGCGCAGCUACCUGUUGGACUUUAAGAGUCUGGCAGACGAGGAAUCUGGACGUAAGUUUAAAAAAGAGCUAUGCAUACUGAUCAAUCGAUAGGUUUAGCGGCCAGCGCAUCGUCGUCCAGACACGCUUCGAUGUCGAUGCCGCAGAAACCGGCUGGAAUUCGCGGAACUCGUACCUCGAGCAUGCCUCAGGGCAUGAGCAUGGAGGCGAGUACUGAGAGAAUGGAUGUGCAUGAUUUUACGGAUGUGUCGGUGAGGAUUGUCGUUUUUAAACUGUCUCAUUCAUAUCUUUGCGUUCCAUUUUGUCAUAACUCUUUUGAAGUGACUUUCUAAAAGAAUUGAAUUGAAUUGUACCGUCAAGACUAACCGUGACAUAAUUCUUUUUUCAGUGCGACGUGACUCCGCCGCCAUCGCCGGGAGGAGCGAAACUCUCGCAAACAAUGCAAUUCUUUGAGAUAUGUGCCGCGUUGAUUGGGACCUUGGCUCGUUGA